CCGGCCGCGCCAGUGCGCGAGUGUCAGCCCGGGGGGGGCACCCGGCGGCCGCCCCGCCCGCGGCCGGGGAGGGACCGACCGACAGACCGGGGCAGGGACCGACGGACACAGCGGCCGAGGGAGGAGCCCCGAGCGCGCAGCGGCCCCGGCCCCCAUGAGCGGGCGGUGAGCGGCGAGUCGGCGGCCGCGGGAGCUUCCCGGCGCGGCGGGACCCAGCCAUGGACUGGCUCAUGGGGAAGUCCAAGGGAAAGCCAAAUGGUAAAAAGCCAGCACCAGAAGAGAAGAAACUUUACCUAGAGCCAGAAUAUACAAAAUCCAGAAUUACCGACUUUGAAUUUAAGGAACUAGUGAUGUUACCACGGGAAAUAGACCUCAACGAGUGGCUUGCCAGCAACACAACAACAUUCUUUCAUCACAUCAACUUACAGUAUAGUACAAUCUCAGAAUUCUGUACAGGAGAGUCAUGUCAGACCAUGGCAGUGUGCAAUACACAGUACUACUGGUAUGACGAGCGGGGAAAGAAGAUCAAGUGCACUGCUCCUCAGUACGUCGACUUCGUCAUGAGCUCGGUGCAGAAGCUAGUGACAGAUGAGGACGUCUUUCCAACGAAAUACGGCAAGGAAUUCCCAAACUCAUUUGAGUCUCUAGUGAAGAAGAUCUGCAAGUACCUGUUCCAUGUGCUGGCCCAUAUCUACUCCUCACACUUUAAGGAGACUUUGGCACUGGAGCUGCACGGACAUUUAAACACACUCUACACACACUUUAUCCUAUUCAUCAGGGAGUUCAACCUCGUGGACCCUAAAGAGACCACCGUCAUGGAUGACCUCACGGAGGUCCUCUGCAGCAGCAGCGGGAGCAGCAGUAACGGGAGCGGCAACGGAAGCAGCAACAGCGCAGGAGCACAGAACCACGUGAAGGAGAGAUGAGCCCUCCUGCUGGACCCGAACUAACCUUAUGAACAGUAUAAUCUAUUGUGUGUAUGUGUAUGUAUAUGUUCAGAUAUACAUACCGGCAUAUACAGCCAUGAAAGCUGACCGCAGAGAUGCUGCCACGCAGGACGCGCAGUCGUUCGGGGCUGUACGGAGCUUUGGGUUAAUGCGCCAGCCGGCAAGAAGUUGCACCAGUUUUAUUUUAUUUACUGUCCACUCCUCCUUUUACCUAUUCAGAUGGAUAAUGAGUGCUGUUUUUAGAGAAGAGCCAAGCUUGAGAGUGGGGCCACUCUUGGUUUUUUUGGUUGUUUUGUUUUUUGUUUUAUCUUUUGUUUGAUUGGUUGGUUUUCAGUUUUUCUUUCUUUGGUCUUGAGUGCAAGCCCUUUGGUCUUUCUAGGAUGGUGGUCCUGCCAUUUAAAAAGUAUCUAUUAUAUUAUAAGAAGUAACUUUUACUUUGAAGUGGCUUAAAAUGCAGGUUUGUUUUGGGGUUUUUUUUGGGGGGGUGGGGGUGGUUUUUUGGUUUGGUUUUACAUAGACUGCCCCUUACCCUGCCAGAAACUCCCCCAGUGAGUGCAUCUUGCCCUUUGUUAGCCUGGAAUGGGAAGAAGCUCCUGGCUUGACUAGAGUAGCAACUAGGGGCUUGCUACAUGUGGAAAGUGGGCAAGAUUCUCUGGUUGUCCCAUGGACUCAGUCACAAGGUGUGAACAUGCAAGAGGAUCCACAAACCUUUCUGCUUAUUGCUCCUACAACAUAUAUACUCUUUUCUCUGCUCCCCUGCCUCUUCUUUUCCCAGGCACACCUGCACAGGUAACAGGAGUAGGAUCACUGCAGUCCAAAACCAUGUGCAAGAGUCACCACCAAUUGCUUUCCCUUAAUCAGAGGCCCGGGGAGGGGGGGACAAGGGUAUACUGAGUCAGUCACCGCCUGUGCUAGAAAGAUGGCUGUUGGCAUAAAAUUAUAUUGUUGGCUUAUUUUAGUUCAUCUGUUCUAUAAUAAUAAAAACAAAUCUAUCAGCCACAA